UCCUUCUCUCCCGCCACCACGACGUGUCCGCCCGCCCGCUCGUUCUCGCCGCUGCUUUCUUUCUAGCGCGUGCUCUCGGUGUACUCUAGCUUGGCCCAGCGUUACCCGUUCCAAUCAGGCCACCAUGGCCAACUACAACUAUGACGAAGCCGGUAACAUGGCCGCCUACUUCGUCCUCACCUUCCUCACCAUCUUCCUCGUGCCAUACACACUUGCAUCUCUCGCCGCGAGCAAACCUCCUGCGCUUACUGGCUGUCAGUGCCAGCAAUGCACCACUCAGCGCGAACGCAUUCGGAAGCGCGAGGGUGGCUCCCUCUUGACACCAAAACUUCGGAGACGAACUCUGAUCAUCGCGGGCGGGUGGUCCAUCGUCGCGUUCCUUGUGUACAAGGUCAUGAAUUCCGAGACGCAAAACAAAGUUUACGACCCCUUUGAGAUCCUUGGUAUCAGCACGGGUACUACCGUCAAGGAAAUCAAGUCACAUUACAAGAAACUCUCCCGUAAAUUCCAUCCGGACAAGGUCAAGCUUGCCGUGAACGAAACAAUGGAGGCAGUUGAGGCCAAAUUUGUUGAGAUUACCAAGGCCUACAAAUCUUUGACGGACGAGAACAUCCGCAAGAACUGGGAGAUGUAUGGGCACCCGGACGGCCGUCAGGAAGUGUCCAUGGGUAUUGCGCUACCCAAAUGGAUUGUCGAGAGCGGCAACAACAUCUGGGUUCUCGGCGCAUACGGUGUGAUCUUUGGCGGUGCGCUUCCUGCGAUCGUGGGCCGUUGGUGGUUCGGCAACCGGGAAAAGACUAAGGACGGUGUUCACACCCGCAGUGCCGCCGCUUUCUGGAAGAGUCUCUCCGAGGAGUCCGGCAUGGACGACGUCACCAGCUCUCUGGGCAAAUCUUUCGAGUGGGAGCUGCCCGGGUCUAAGGCGGGUAAGGUCGACGCGGAACUCGCGCAAUUGGAAUCGCAGAUCAAGGAAAAGCUGGGUGAGAAGUGGGAUGAGCUUGUGAAGCUUGCAGAGGCCUCCCCCAAGGAUCACAAGAGUCGCAGGAGGGCAUUCGUCCUCUUGUAUGCGCACCUGCUACGCUUGCCUAUCCAGAAUUCGACCCUUCUGAAAGAGCAAACACAAGUUCUUCUCCAGACGCCUACGCUCCUCAACGCGAUGCUCAACAUUUCCAUGGCGCGGAAUUGGCUGCUUCCUACGCUUGCCGCUAUGCGUCUUCAUGCAUUUAUCGCACAAGCCAUCCCUCCAGGUCAGGCAGACCUCAAAGCCGCUCAGCUUCCUGGCAUUGCGCCAUCAGACGCCUCUUCCCUGCCCAAGUCCGAGUCCACCGACUUCUCCGAUGCGAUUGCCUCUCUCUCCAAGAUCGACCCCGCUGCACUGCCCGACGCGCAGAAGGCGCUCGAGCGCCUCGGUCAUGCCGAAAUCGUUGAUGCGUCGUUCAAAGUGAUUGGCGAGCGCUACGUAACCCCGAGUUCAUUUGUCCACCUCGUUGUCAAGGCUCGCCUGGCGCCUCUCGCGAAGGAUGGCAGUGCGGUACCCCUGCCUAAGCCCGAGACGAACGACAAGCGCGACCACGAGUUCCUGCUGAGUAAGAAGGAUAUCGAGGACCUUCCCCAAGGCGAAUACACGAACGGAUACGCGCACACUCCCUACUGGCCUGCCAACCGCAAGCCGUCAUGGUGGGUUGUGCUCGCGGACGUCAAGUCGAACAAGGUCGUCGUCCCGCCAUUUAAGAUCGCAGACAUCCCCGUCGCAGAUCCCGCACGAGGGCUCGACUACCGGUCAUACAAGCUCCAGUUCCAGGCACCGCAGACGGUCGGGCUCUUCACGUGGAAGGUGUUCGUCGUAAGCGACACGUUCGUGGGCGAGGAGGCGGCACGGGACGUCGUGCUGAAGAUCGACGACCCGAGCGUGCUCGCGUCAGAGGAGCCCGCGGACGACGACAUCUCGGACCCGGAGGAGGACUCUCUCGCGGGCCAGAUGGCGCUGAUGCGCGGGGGCAGCGUGAAGAAGCUCGCGGAUGGCGAGGGCGAGAGCGACGACGAGAGCGACACGGACGGCGAGGAGGAGCAGGGCGGGAAGGAUGACGAUAGCAGUAGCGACAGCGAUUGAGUAAUCGAGCGUGCCUUUUUU